AUGUGGUCAUCAGGCUUUGGCCUCACCAUUGGCUCCAUCGCCUCCGACGUCCGCAAUAUCACCUUUCGGCACGCGCGCAUGGUUCGCACGGUCAAGGGCAUCUACAUGAAGUUCCGCGGCGCCGGCUCGGACAUCGUGAUUGAGGAGCCGCAGCAGUUCGCCAUCUGGAUCGGGCCGGCGCAGAAACCGGCCCCGGGACGGAGGGGCCGCGGCCUUGCACGUUGCAUGCCGUGGGGCUCUAUCUUGUUCGGAUGCACGCACUGCCACGCGCCGGCGGGCGGGCAGUACUCCAACAUCACGCUGCGCGACAUCACCGUCCUCCGCCCGAAGCAGAGCGCCGGGGUGCUGCUGGCGGAUGAGGCGGCGGCGAUGCGGGGCGUGCGCUUCGACAACGUCGUCGUCCACGAGCCGGCGGCGAGGCCGUUUGGGGACGAGCAGUACUACUGCAGGCAUGUGCACGGCGUGGCGACCGGUGCGACCAGCCCGGUGCCUCCGUGCUUCGAGGACCGCACCGGGUGCCGUGUCAGCACGGGCCGAGGCGAGUGCCAUUUCACUGUGGCACAGCUCGCGUUACAAAACCUUGGUUUGACCAUUUGCGCAAAAAGGUACAUGUCGAUCACAUCAGGACACGGUCUCGACACGCUCGGCAGCCUGGGAACGGUGGCGGUCAGAGGCAAAGCCUGCGAGGGGUGGUGGAACCACAUGAAGCGCGGGGGAUUCCGCUGGGAGCAACACGGAGCUCCGUUGGACGCGUUUUCAAGAUUAGCGUAUGUCAGAGUGAAUUGGAACUAG